AUGGCAGAACAAAGAACACUAAGGCAGCUUGCUGCUCCUGAUGUUAAUUACAAUGGUCUAUGCAUUCAAUAUACUGAUGUUGAUAUUCCUUUUGAAUUGAAAUCUGGUUUGAUACAUUUGUUGCCCAAGUUUCAUGGUCUUGCAGGUGAGGAUCCGCAUAAGCAUUUGAAGGAAUUUCAGGGUGCUGCCAAAGAUUGGUUGUACUAUCUUGAGCCGAAUUCUAUCACAACUUGGAAUGAUUUGAAGAAGGUCUUUCUAGAGAGAUACUUUCCCGCUUCUAGAGCUGCGUUAAUCAGAAAAGAAAUAUGCGGCAUUAGGCAGGGAAACGAAUCAUUGGCAGAAUACUGGGAAAGAUUCAAGCAGCUAGUUUCUAGUUGUCCUCAACACCAGAUCACCGAGCAAUUACUCAUCCAGUAUUUCUAUGAGGGGUUGCUACCAAUGGAUAGAAACAUUUUGGAUGCUGCUAGUGGUGGAGCACUUGUUGAUAAAACUCCAGCUGCUGCAAAGGCCUUGAUCGAGAACAUGUCACUCAACUCGCAACAGUUUACAACUAGAAAUAAUUCUGCAAGUGUGAAUGAGGUUCAGUCUUCCUCUCCUUCCAUCAAGGCGCUCGAAACCAAGUUUGAUGCUAGUAUUGAUGAACUUACUUCCUUGGUGAAACAGUUGGCAGUUAAUAGACCUCAAACAGCUAAAGUCAAUCCUGACCUCUCCACCAACCAGUAUCAUCCUAGUUGGAGGAAUCAUCAAAACCUCAGAUACGGUAAUCAGUCACAGGCUGCAGCCCCCUCUGCCCCACCAGCCAUCCCUUCACCUUCAUUGGAGGACCUUGUCCAGCAAAUGGCUACAAGUAACAUACAGUACCAACAACGAACAGAUGUUAGCAUUCAGAACUUGACAACUCAGAUGGGGCACAUGACAACACAGAUGGGACAAAUGGCUAAUGCAAUAGGCCAAUUACAAGCUCAGGGCUCAGGUAACCUUCCUGCACAAACAGUGCCGAAUCCGAAUGUAAAUGUGAGUGCAAUUACUUUGAGAUCCGGAAGAGUGUCAGAACCAGCUCCAGAGAAAAAGAAGAAGAAAACCGUUGCAUCAUCAUCUGCUCCUGAACCUCCUUCUGUUACAAUUGAGACCGAACCCGAAAAAGAAAGAGUAUAUGUGCCACCAAUUCCUUUUCCUCAAAGGGUGCAGAAAAAUAUCAAGAAGACAGUUGAGGAAGACAAGGAGAUUUUAGAUGUAUUCAGAAAAUGUGCGGUUAACAUUCCUCUCCUUGAUGCAAUUAAACAGAUUCCUAAAUAUGCAAAAUUCCUGAAAGACUUGUGCACACACAAGAGGAAGUUGAAGGAAAAUGAGAGAGUCAGUUUGGGACGAAAUGUUUCUGCUUUCAUUCAGCCCAAAACUGGUUCCUCAGCUAAUGUCUCAGUUCUCAGUCAGACCAUGCCAGAAAAGUGUGAUGAUCCAGGAGUUUUUGCUAUUCCCUGUUCCAUUGGGGAUCGCAAGUUUGAAAAUUGUAUGCUUGAUCUGGGAGCAGGUAUUAAUGUUAUGCCUACUUCUAUUUAUAAUAACCUUGAUCUUAGUCCUUUGCAGCCUACAUGUUUAAUCGUGCAAUUAGCAAACAAGAGCAAUGCCCGCCCUGCUGGGAAGGUAGAAGAUGUCUUGGUGCAAGUUAAUGACUUGAUUCUUCCUGCAGAUUUCUACAUUCUAGACAUGGAGGGAGAAACUAAUUCCAGCAGGGCACCCAUCAUUCUAGGCCGACCAUUCAUGAGAACGGCAAGAACAAAAGUUGAUGUUUAUGAUGGAACCAUGUCCAUGGAGUUUGGCGACAUUGUCGCUAAGUUUAACAUUUUUGAUGCCAUGAAACAUCCCGUGGAAGAACAUUCUGUUUUUUAUAUGGAUUUAGUUACUAACACUAACCUUUGCUCUGUUUGUGCUAAGAUUGAAUCUGAUUUGCAGGAUAAUAACAUUCAUACAGGUGAAGUUGUUGUCAAUGAGGCAGACUGUACGGUUAAAGUUCUUGACAUUCCGGCUGCCCCAACCAAACACUCCCAUGAUAAAGAAAAGACUACGCACUUCCAUGAUAAGAUGAUUUCCAAAAAGAAAUUUUCUGUUGGCCAAAAAGUCUUGCUGUUUAAGUCUCGCCUGAAAGAUAUGAAAUUAAAAGUACAGGUACUGGCAAGGUUUUCAAAGCAAAAGGACAGCGGUUGA